AUGGUCCUCAGAAAUCCAAUCGCUUCGCUCCAGCCAAAGCGCGAAACUAAAGUAGACGCAUUUCUUGCUGCCAACCCUGAUUACGAUGGGCGCGGCGUCAGGGUGGCUGUACUCGAUACGGGGAUAGAUCCAGGCGCUGUAGGUCUUGCCAGAACACCGUCUGGCGCACCCAAAAUUCUUGACCUGGUCGACUGCAGUGGUUCAGGCGACGUCAGAUUGACUACAGUCGCUGAUGCCGAUGUCCAACAGACGUCGGACUCCUUUCAGUUCACUGGACUAUCUGGGCGCAAGCUGACUAUACCAUCUACGUUUGUGAAAGGCCAAGGAACAUGGCAACUGGGUAUGAAGCGCCCAAUGAAUGCAUACAAGCACUCUCAGCAAUGGUCCACAUUCAGUGACGCCUCGCUCAUGUCAUAUUCCUUCAACUUUUACGAUGACGACAUCCUAUCUGUCGUGUGCAAUGCAGGCUCUCACGGGACACACGUUGCUGGCAUUGUUGCAGCCCAUCACUCGGAUCCGUUGCUCAAUGGCGUGGCCCCUGGCGCACAGCUCAUCUCUCUCAAAAUUGGCGACAGCCGCCUCGGUUCCAUUGAGACAUCACAGUCCUUUAUGCGGGCCAUGAAUGAAGCCAUCCGGCAGAAAGUAGACAUCAUCAAUAUGUCCUAUGGCGAAGACUCUCAUCUUUCCAAUGAUGGACCAGCCAUGCAGUAUUUGCGCGACAUUGUGAUUCGCAAGCAUGGCAUCACUUGCGUCAUCUCUGCAGGCAAUAAUGGACCAGGCGUGUCUACUGUCGGCUGUCCAGGCGGUAUGACAUCCUCCGUCAUUUCUGUUGGCGCAUACGUUUCACGCGAAAUGGCACUGGCGCAGUACGCACUCCGCAAAGAAGAGGGAGAUCUGGCCUUCACCUGGUCUUCACGUGGACCAAGUCCAGAUGGCGAUAAGGGAGUGACCGUGUAUGCUCCUGGCGGCGCUACAACGUGUAUCCCACCGUACACCCUGAGCCGGGCAGCCCAAUACAAUGGCACGUCAAUGAGCAGCCCGCAUUGUGCUGGAGCAAUUGCACUUUUGCUUUCCGGUCUGAAGCAAGAGAAGCUUGUUGCGACGCCGGCAAGCAUCAAGCGUGCUCUUGAACGGACCGCUGUGGAUGUGUCUGACGAAUUCAAGGUUGGAUUGCUCGACGUACAGGCUGCCUACGAAGACCUUAAAGUGAAUGGUACCGAUGAAACAUACUUUGACAUCCAAGUGGACGGCAAUCGAGGCAUCUUGAUGCGCAACACCGAGGACGUGCAUGCGCCUCGCAUUUACCAGGUUGACAUCAAACCGUUUAUUCGAGAGACCGCUACGCGCGAGAAGUUUGACUUUGAGACAUUUCUCACUCUGCAAUGUGCUGCUCCUUGGGUUGAGACUGCCAAGACAAUGCACAUGGCCUAUGCUGGACGUCCACUGCAGGUUAAGGUCAAUCCUCAAAAGUUGGGCACUGGCUUGCAUGUAACGUCCGUUGAUGCCAUUUGGGAGGACAAGGUGCUCUUCAGCAUCCCCAUCACAGUCAUCAAGCCAGAAGCCAUUCAACGCAAAAUGGUAUUGGAGUCGUCCGUCGAGAGCGGAACCAUUGAUCGCCACUUUUUGGCCAUUCCGGCAGGCGUGACUGCAGUCAAAGUCUCCGUCGCCACCACAGACAUCAGCACACCCGUCCAGCUCUGGACGGCCAUUACUCAGUUCCAGCACAACAAACGAAGGACAUAUACAUCAAGCCAAUUUGUGCAAAAUCUAACAGAUUCAGCGCAGACUGCAGACAAUACCAAGACUGUCGGCUUGGUGCAAGGUACUGCCGAAUUUUGCUUUGCCCAGUUUUGGAGCUCCAUUGCUGAUCGUCCAGCGCAACUUAAGAUUACACUCGAGUUCUCUGGCUUGCAAGGCAGCUAUGGCGAUGAGUUGAGCAUCAAUGGCGGAUCUGGGUAUAAGCAAAUUCAAGCCAUGUCAAACCUUGGCAUUGAACAACUCAAGCCAGCCGUUAGGCUCAGCAUGAUUCGCAAGCAUCUCAGACCAUCCGACGCUGCAAUUGCACCUCUUGGCGAACGCGACUUGCUUGAGGAUGCAUCCAAGCUUUUCAGCCUGACGCUCCAGUACUCUGUCUCGAUAAGCCGCGACUCUGAAAGUCAAUUCAUCCUUCCUGUGAGUGGCCUCUUGUACGAAUCUCCCUUCUACUCCAACCUCUUCGCCGUUUACGAUGACAAGAAGAAUGUGGUUUUCUUCGGGCACUCCUACCCAGAGAAGCACAAGUUUGACAAGGGCACGUAUACAGUCCGCGUUGAGCUCGUUCACAAAAGUAAGGCUGCUCUUGAAAAGGCAAAGAAGAGCAUCAUUGUUGUGGAAACGGCUCUUGAAAAGCAAAUCUCUGUGCCCAUUUUCACUAGCUUUUUGAAUGUCUGGGAUGGUCCUCAGGCGGAAUUCAAGAAUACCAAGCUCGCGAAAGGUCAAAACAUCUCGAUUGCAGUCGCCAAUGACUUGGGCGACGAUACUCCUAAGGAAGCUGCAGCAGGUGACAUUUUGACGGGAGACAUCACUCUUGGCGGGGAAAUCAAGCGACCAGUCUUCUAUCACGUUGCGCCAAAGCCAAAGCCAGAAGAAGAGGACAAGCCGCCUAAAAGUAUGAUGGACCGGCAAAUUGAAAUGGGCGCCAGUUUGACGGACAAGGAGGAGAAGCAAUCCUUCUUUGAUGCGCUACAAAAGUCCCACCCACGCGAUUUACAAGCACUUGGUGCUUACCUAGAGCACGGAGACCAGACGGAGACUGGUAAGGCAGAGCAGCACCGUGUUGCAGGCGUCAUUCUCGACGUGAUUGAUGCGAAUGCUGUGGCGCAAUACUUUGGUGUGCAGCAUCAGGUAGAAAGCAAGGAGGAAAAGCAGCUCGAGCGCGACUUGACUCGGCAGCGUGAUUUGCUACUCAAAGCACACCUCGUCCAGCUACAAGCACAAUCUGGUGAUAAGGAACCAGCUGCAUUCGAGCAAGUCAUGCGUUGGUCUAAGGACGCCACGCCAUCGCAAAAGCUCGUUUUGGCAGAAUACUAUGUUUCACGCAAGUUGUAUGGUCUUGCACUCGAAAGCCUUGCGAUCAAGGAAUUGCAGGGCGAAGAACUUGCCAAGGCCAAGGCUCUGCGAGUCAGCAUUCUCGAGGCUUUGCAAUUCAAAGCUUGGGCAGAUAGGUUCAGGGAUGAUGAGCUUGGACGUGAUCCUAAGACGUUUGCGGGAUUUUAG